AUGGCUUCAAUCAGCGUCUUCCACUUUGCUUUCCUUCUUCUCCUCUCCCACGCUUCAGCCUCAACGGUAGUGUUCUACAACCGAUGCAGAUACCCUGUGUGGCCAGGAAUCCAACCCAGCGCCGGCCAAAACUUGCUCGCUGGCGGUGGAUUUAAGCUCCCGGCGAACAAAGCCCACACCCUUGAGCUCCCACCGCUUUGGUCCGGCCGCUUCUGGGGUCGCCACGGCUGCACCUUCGACGGAUCUGGCCGUGGUCGCUGCGCCACUGGAGACUGCGGCGGUUCUCUAUCUUGCAACGGAGCCGGAGGUUCACCACCGGCCACUCUCGCCGAAAUCACCCUCGGCCAAGAGCUUGACUUCUAUGACGUCAGCCUCGUCGAUGGUUAUAACUUGGCCAUGUCGAUAAUGCCGGUGAAAGGUUCAGGCCAAUGUAGCUACGCCGGUUGUGUAAGCGAUCUAAACCGGAUGUGUCCGGUUGGGUUACAAGUCCGGUCACGUAACGGGAAACGGGUCGUAGCCUGUAAAAGCGCUUGCUCUGCUUUCAACUCGCCACAAUACUGCUGUACCGGCUUGUUCGGUAACCCACAAUCUUGCAAACCAACGGCUUACUCCAAAAUCUUCAAGGUCGCUUGCCCUAAGGCUUACUCUUACGCUUACGACGACCCAACCAGUAUCGCUACUUGCUCCAAGGCUAACUACAUCGUCACGUUUUGCCCUCACCAUCGCCGUUAA